ACCUCUGAUUGGCCGAAAGUAACAUGGGAGGGAUGCAUUUCUCAAGCUGAUGCUCUGGAGAAACUUUUGUGUCCCGAAAGUGUAGCAGACAGUCUUACUUUCCAGCACAGAGACACAGUCCAGUGGACAGCACAAUCCAUCAGCUGCAGCAGAGACCUGAAACACCGCCAUCAUGUCCAGCAAGCGAGCAAAGGGAAAGACCACUAAGAAGAGGCCACAGAGAGCCACUUCAAACGUGUUUGCCAUGUUUGACCAGUCACAGAUCCAGGAGUUCAAGGAGGCCUUCAACAUGAUCGACCAGAACCGAGACGGAUUCAUCGAUAAAGAGGAUCUCCAUGACAUGCUGGCCUCUUUGGGGAAGAACCCGUCUGAUGAUUACCUGGAGGGGAUGAUGAGUGAAGCUCCAGGGCCCAUCAACUUCACCAUGUUCCUCACCAUGUUUGGAGAACGGCUCAACGGAACCGACCCCGAGGAUGUCAUCAGGAAUGCUUUCGCAUGCUUCGACGAGGAAGGAUCCGGUUUCAUUCAUGAAGACCACCUGCGAGAGCUGCUGACCACCAUGGGAGAUCGUUUCACAGAUGAAGAGGUGGACGAGCUCUUCAGAGAGGCUCCCAUUGACAAAAAGGGCAACUUCAACUACGGCGAAUUCACCCGGAUUCUCAAACACGGGGCCAAAGACAAAGACGACAUGUAGACGAUCAGAGAGCACCAGCCGCAGCUGCACAGCACAUUACAGACACAUCACCAUCUAGAAGUCAAGAAAAUCACAUUUCAUGGCAUAAAUAUUCCAUGAUCUGUAGAAGUAUUUUUUUCUCUAAAUGCAUUCGAUACAACCAGAUUGCAUUACUAACAAUCUGUGCAAUGUGUAUUUUGUGUUUUUUUUUUAUGGGGGACUACAGUAUGUUUGAGUAGAUUAAAGCAAUGUACUCUGCAGCUGCGGCUGGACGUCUUUGAGUUCGGAAUCUGUGCAGAAAUAAAACUAUUACAUUAGAGAUGCCAUAAACCUGUAGAAAAAGUUAUUUUUACAUGUGUAUUUAAAAGGAUUAUCCGUAUCUCCCCCUCACAGAGCAAUAUUAUCAGAUAUCAAAAACAUUAUGGGUAUUUUGAAGUCAUUAUAGCCAUUUUUCAGACACAGACUUUGGGAUAUGUUGAUUUUUUGGUGGUACUGCUACUUGUAUUUUCCCAUCAAACCCUGUGAAUAUCUGGCUUAUAAAAUGUGUAUUUACAUGUGGCAGCUCUCAGACAUGAAGUCAUCCAUCAUAUGAACAUGACGCAUUUUAUACUGAAAUAAAGAUGGCCUCAAACUACA